AGCGCAAUCACUCAAAUCACAGAGUAGAUGGCCUCUGUAGGAUAGUCCUGAAAUCCUGGAGAGGCCAACCAAUCCUACGAAAAAAAAGAAGACGAAUAUUCGGAUCAUGGGAUCUUCCAUAACCUCACUUUGUGCAGAUUGUUUUUGGUCUUGGUCCUUACAAUGCCACCCAACAAACCCAAAUUAUACACAUCUACAGGAAAACCUACUGUUCGGCCGAUUGAACAUAUUUCACCGGAUUCUGAACAGGCCCAAAAAUUCGAAUUGGAACUAUGUUGGUGUAUUCAACAACUUCAAUUGGCUCUGAAUUCUGGAAAGCUCAACAACAAACAAAGUCAAGAUCACACAAAAUCAUUGAAUACAUUGAUGAGUAACAACGCUCCCAUGGUGAAGAAGAGGCAGAUCAUGAGAUCUUCCUUUGGAGACUACAGAAUGAAGAUGGCUGAUGAAGAAAAAAAUGUUUCCAAAAAUGCCCAUCUUAUCAAAAUGAAACCCUCAGCUGCACCCAGUGAAAAAUCAGUAUUUGUAAAGAGAAGAACAUUUUCUUCAACAUUGAAUAACUUCAAGUUCAACUUCAAAACACCUGAAGGAUGUUAUUCAGAUAGUAAACAGGAUAAAGUUACAGUAUCUAAUGAAUUAGGACAUGCUAAAAAUAAAGAGUGUAAUUUGGCAUUUUCUGAUAAUAGUUUUAGGUUCAAUUUUGAUAGCAGCAGUUCAUAGUACAUAAAAGAAACUAUUUAUUUACAUUGGGGAAAAUAUUUGAUACUCAGAAUAAACAACAGAAUUUCACUUAGGUUUAGGUAUAGUUAUUUCACCUAACCUACCUACUAUCAUUUGUUAUUGAUUUCAUCAUUCCUGAUGAAUCUUUCAUAGUCCAAUAAAUAAAGGGAAAAAGUUAACAUUAAUUACACGGUUGGAAGUAGCUUUCCACACAGUUUGACUGGAAAACGCGUACAAUGACGGAGAAAAUGGCCCCAAAAGACC